AGACGUUUUACUAAACACAAAUAAAAACAUGUUUGGAAUUAUUCAAAUUAUUCUAUGGAUUUACAAAAGAAGAAAUAAACUUUCGAAUAUGUCGACAUAUGCGAAAAUAGUUUUCAUAAUUCUUACCAUCCAACUACUUGAUACACUCUUCAUCAUGAUAAUUUUCUCAACAUCUUAUGUAGUUCGAUCUCUGGGAAAAUCAGGGAUAGAAUCAAUUAUUUUAGGUGUAUUAGUCUUCAUUGCAGUUGUGACAGGAUUAUUGAUCGCAUUUGUGAAGGAAAUAAGUGAUACAUUCCCAUUGAAUGUUAUUACUUUGUUUAUUUAUACGAUAACCUUAGCUACAGCUAUUGAAAUAAUAGAUAUACUGGUGGAUAUCGUUACUAAACUUGGUGCUUUUGGAAUCAGUCUAAUAUUAUUUACAUCGGCAUUACUUAUUGGUGCAGCUAUCAAAACAAGAUUAGCAGAUUAUUUAACGGCUAUUCUAAUACUGUUUAUAAUCGCUGCUAUUUUAAUUGCUGGAGCAGUUAUUUUAAUCACAAUUUUUAAACACGCGUCAGCAGCGAUUAUAUUCUACAUACUUACAGAUAUAUUGCUAUUUGUUAUAACAAUAUUUAUCAGUCAAAUAACAGUUGGCAAAUUACAAUUACGUAUCUUUCGUACAGAAUAUACUUUGGCUGCAUUAUUAUUAUAUAAUAUGUUUUCAGCUACAUAUUUAACCACUACUGGUAUGGUUUGUAACAUAAACAGUACUUGUAAUAGUUCAAAUGCAUCCAUUUAUCCAU